AUGUUAGCAUAUAGCGUAGCAGCUGAUGCUGUUGAUGAUUAUGUGCGCAUAUGCGAGAGCACUACAAUUGAAUGUUUGAAAAAAUUUGUUGAAGGUGUACUUUCGGUAUUCGAGGAUGAAUACUUGCGAAAACUAAAUCCAAAUUAUGUACAACGCCUACUACAAAUGGCGGAUGGUCGUGGCUUUCCUGGCAUGUUGGAUCGUUCUCGAGUGUUCGAUGAUAUUCUAAAUGACCGUGCUCCGAAGUUAAAUUAUACUAUUAAUGGUAAUAAUUAUACUAUGGGAUACUAUUUAGCAGAUAGUAUUUAUCUUGAAUGGGCCACAUUUGUCAAAUCAAUCUCAAAGCCACAAGGGGAGAAACGCAAGUUAUUUGCACAAUACCAAGAAGGGCAAAGAAAAUAUGUGGAGCGACUAUUCGGAGUGUUACAAGCACGCUUUGGAAUUAUACAUGGUCCAGCUCGCUUUUGA